AUGCAAUCCAACAAGGCCAGGUACCAUGCCGAGUACCACUCCAAGAUCAACUCAAUCACUCUCUCCGUCCAAGUCCCUCCCUCAGGAGUCACCUGCAGGAUCGGUCCCCAAGCAGUCGACCUCAUCCCCUCCAUCCAACCAGGUCUAAACUUUGACGAUGCGAUUCAUCUACAGGAAGAAGAAAAAAGCGUCGCUGUAACCCGCGACAGACUGUUGCUCCCAGCGCGUGUCAUGCCCACAAGGACAACUCUGGAUCCGUCAUCGUCGCGCUCGAACCUACUGUCUCUCAAACUUACAGCCUUGCCCAAUAUUCCACUGGAGACUUCGAAUUCGUCGUCAUUGUCUGCAGCUUCGACGACAGAGUUUCCGCCUUCACCGCUCCCUGCCUCGCAACUCCAAGGCCUUGAGAACCUCGCCUGCGGUUCCUGUGGGAACACCCUUCUUAACUCGACCACCAGCUCUGGUCCUGAAUCGCCUUCAGGACCUAUCCAGAGAGUUGUCGACCUGCCCUCGGAACAUUGGCAGGAACUUGUGGAUUGCUGGAUGUGCCACGAGGAGGACUUUACAGAGCUGCGCGAGGGAGAUCUAGGUGCUCGUCUCGGACAAGCUCUCGUUGGAGGAACCUAUCUGCUGAUCCACGCCAAGGACGUCGAACACCACGCCGUGAUGAUCGAAGAGGAUGCCCGCUCAGUUGAUUCCCGACUCGAGGACGGAACAGACCUGGAGAUGAUUCAGGUCAAAUUCCAUAAGUAUCUGGUGCAGUAUCAUGGUCGGAACCAGCAAGCACAACAGGCGCUUGUCAUCCCACGCCAACGAUUCUCGUCGUACGUUGCUACAGAGAUUUUUGAGUCUGCAAGGCACCAUGCGACAUACAGGUUUAUUCUUCAGGAUCGACUUCAAGGUCGCGACAUGCUAAUGCUGUGGAUGUUGAACUGGGAUACAACUAUCGUCACCAACCAAGAACCAUUACAGGACCACCAGAUGUCAUGGGACGACUCUCUGCGGAUGGAUCUGAACACGACAUCAAGCGGAAGAGGGGUAGAGAAACUAGAGUUUCAAGAGCGAUUGGUCCUCGGCUUGAUUGCAAUGCUGGAGCAGAGUUCAAGCUGUAUUCCUUCCGGCCUGAAUGGCGCUACAUCCGCUGUCAUGGCCAUGGAUGACAACCUCGCCAAAAUGGAUCCCAAAAAGAAGACUGUCGGAUUCGUGCCCGAUCACGAUGCCGAUACCACGACUUCACCAGGAGGAAGCAACAACACCAGCACAGUAAACUCGCCCGUUUCGGCGUUCAGUAAUACCCCAGAUCUCAGCAGCACCACCAACAACAGCACCACUAGUACCCCUAAUCCCGCAGGAUCUGCUGCCGCUUCCUCUCAACCUCGCUCCAUCAACACCUCCGGGGCACGCUCAUCUUACGAACCCAUGAAGUCUUCAUAUGAGGAGCAGUGGGGUCUCACACCUCAGUCCAGAUCCCAAAAGACAGCUUCGCCUCGUGACGGAUCUGGAUUCCCUGCCAAGGAGCAGGGAGGAUCGAACAAGAAGGAGAGCAAGGUCAAGGCGUCAGGAUUGGGGAUCCAGGCGAACGCAGGAUCUCCCAGCACAGACGGCCCUCAGAGCAGCAACAGCACUAGUUCAGCCCCACCAUCAGCAGGAGGCGCCCCUUCAUCGGGCGGUAAGGGCGGAUCUCAGAAACCUGCUGCACCUUCUCAAAAGUCGAUGACCAAGGCCGAGCGUCGUGAGUUGCAGGAGAAGCAGAAGGCCGAGAAGGCCGCUCGUGUCUCUGCAGGUUUGCCAGCCUCAGGGAAGAAAGCCGCUCAGGUCCUCAACCAGCCCAACUCUGGAUUCUCGCCCAACCCCUCCAAAUCCUUGGCUACAUCGUUCCCCGGGGCUGAGGCCGAGAAGGCGAUUGCUGCUGCAGAGUCGACCGGUCAGGCCAGGAGACGCGAAAAGUUGACCAAGGAGAUUGGUCUAUUUGCUCAUCUGGACCCUCCUAAAUUUGCCAACACUGCCUUGGCACCCAAGGACCUUCACCCAGCUGUUGUUCAUGCUGGACUUCAGAUGGCUCAGUUCAAGAUCUGUGGUGCCAAUGCCCGCUGCGUCGCCACUCUCAACGCCUUCCGCAAGGCUAUCCAAGAUUACCAGACUCCUCCCAACACGACCCUCUCUCGCCACAUUCAGACUUACCUGAACCCUCACAUCAGCUACCUCGUCACUUGCAGACCCAUGGCCGUGAGUAUGGGUAACGCUAUUCGCUACCUCAAGUACGAGAUCGGAAAGAACCUGGAGCUCCCUGACGAGGACGCCCGUGCUUUGUUUGUGGAAAAGAUUGACAACUUUAUUCGUGACAGAAUCACGAUGGCAGACCAGGUCAUUACGAGCUUGGGAUUGCAAAAGAUUCAGGAUGGAGACGUAAUUUUGACCUAUGCACGCUCCUCGGUCGUUCAGGGCUUACUCUUGGCCGCCCACGCCAAGGGCAUCAAGUUCAAGGUCAUUGUCGUCGAUUCUCGUCCCCGCUUCGAAGGAAAGCAAUUGUUGAGGGCGUUGGCGUCGGCGGGAGUGCCUUGCACAUAUGUGUUGUUGACGGCGAUUGGGCAUGUGAUGCGGGAGGUGAACAAGGUGAUCUUGGGCGCCCACUCUUUGCUCUCGAACGGAGCCUUGUACUCUCGCGCCGGAACUGCAGUUGUGGCUAUGUCAGCACAUGAGCGAAAGAUCCCUGUGAUUGUCUGCUGUGAAACCUACAAGUUUAGUGAGCGUGUUCAGCUGGACAGUUUUGUGCAGAACGAGAUUGGAAACCCUGACGAGCUUGUCAACGAUCAGAGCAACAACUUUGGACACAGCAGCACACGUUGCCACCCCAGCGUCCGUGGCGCCAACGGUGGUGAUGCUGCCUCUGCUGCUGCGGGGGCUGGUGUUUUGACUGGAUGGAGAGAGUCAAGGGAUUUGAAGCUUUUGAACUUGCUGUAUGAUUUGACCCCCAGUGAGUUUGUCACUGUUGUUAUUACGGAAGUGGGGUUGAUCCCAUGUACCUCUGUCCCCGUCAUUCUCAGAGAGUUCUUGCCCAUGAUGCAGCAGUAG